CAAAAACGCAAAAAAAAAACGCCAUGAAUUUGUCAAAAGUUCAGAACGAUGUUGAAGAAAAUGCGUCUACCAGUGUUAGUAGAAAGCGAAAACAUCAAGAUACUAUUCAAGAAUCUCAAAGUAAGGAGAAGGAAGGCCAUGUUUCGGUAGAUACUCAAAAAUCUGAAAGUAAGGAAGCAGCAGGCCAUAUUUCGGUAGAUACUAUUCAAAUAUCUGAUAGAAAACAUCAAGACACUAUUCAAGAAUCUGAAAGUAAGGUAAAGGAAGGCCAUGUUUCGGUAGUUGCGGCCCAUUACAAUCAUUUAGAGGAAAAAGGAAUUCAUGAAAGAUUCAAUUCCCCAAUUUUUUACCUACGAAAUAUAAACAAUUGGGUUAAAAGUGUUUUAAUACAAGAAUAUAUAGAUAAAAUACGUGAAAAAGAUUAUGGAAGACGACUUAGGGUUCUUGAUAUAUGUUGUGGUAAGGGGGGUGACAUGGGGAAAUGGCAAAAGUCUCGAGUAGAGCAUGUCGUAUUUGCAGAUAUAGCUGAGGUGUCUGUUAGACAAUGCCAAGAACGUUACAAUGAUUUACAAAAACGUGCUGGACAUUUGUUUUCAGCAGAGUUUAUAGCAGCCGAUUGUACAAAAGAUACUCUUAGAGACAAAUACAAAGAUCCAUCCAUAAGCUAUGACCUAGUCAGUUGUCAGUUUGGUUUACAUUAUAGUUUUGAGAGUUUAACACAAGCAAGACGCAUGCUCACUAAUAUAUCUGAAUGUUUAAAACCUAAUGGCUACUUUAUUGGUACAGUACCAGAUGCUUAUGAAAUUGUUACAAGAUGUCGAAAAUCAUCUAACAAUUCUUUUGGCAACAGUAUUUUCAACAUAAAACUGUUAUUUGAUCCAAAAGAUGGUUACCCGCUUUUUGGAGGCAAAUAUGAUUUUAAUCUAGAAGGUGUUGUUAACUGCCCAGAGUUUCUAGUAAAUUUUGAGUUACUUGUUAAAUUAGCAUCUCAGUAUGGGCUAGAAUUAGUGUAUAAAGCACGGUUUGCAGAUUUUUAUAGAGAGCAUUCAUCAAAGUAUAAAUCUUUAUUGCAUAAAAUAAUGUGUCUUGAGUCUUAUCCGGCUCCUCCAGGAAAGACAUUAAUUGCUGAGGAAUCUGAUUAUAAGCAUGCUAUGGAAUAUUUGGAGAAAUUAGAGCAAAGAACAGAAAAUACACAUCUAGGUACAAUGUCUCUAAGAGAAUGGGAGGCAGUUACAAUAUAUGUAGCUUUCGCAUUUAGAAAAUGUAAGAACACUUCAUGGACUGCAGAUGGAAAGCCUUUAUAUUUAAAGACUGGUCACAAAGACGAAUCUACCUCCAAAAAAGAUUAAAUGUUAAUUAUUGUUAUUAUAAGGGCAAUAA